GGCUCAUUCUCCCCAGAAACGUGGGCAGAGGAGGGGAAGGGAGAAAGAAAGAGAACUGAGGGGACAGCAGCAGUAGGGUCCAGUGCUCACCAUGGGCCCUCUGCAGCUCCAGCUGCUGCUGCUGCUGCUGCUGAGCUAUGAUGUCCUCACUGAUGAUGGGCCUGAAAAUGGAAAUCCAGCCUGCUCAAAAGAUGCAGCCAGAUUUAAACCUUUCAGAAAAUAUGUUUACAACUAUGAAGCAGAAAUAGCAAGUGGAGUGAAAGGAACAGCAGAUUCACGAAGUGGCUCUAAAAUUACCUGCAAGAUUGAGCUGGAGGUCCCACAGAUGUGUAGCUUCACCCUGAAGGCAAGCCAGUGUACCCUGCGAGAGAUGUUUGGUGUGGAUGCCGAGGGAAAGACUCUCCUGAAAAAGUCAAAGAACUCGGAUGACUUUGCCAGAGCCAUGGCCCAGUACGAGCUAAAAUUCAGCACUCAGGAUGAGAAGAAGAUCCAGCUGUAUUCAGAGAAGGAUGAACCAAUGAAUAUUCUUAACAUCAAGAGAGGGAUCAUCUCAGCGCUUAUUGUGCCAACAGAAACAGAAGACAAUGUAAAAACAAUCUCCAUGGAUACUAUAUAUGGAAAAUGCGACAGUGAAGUUGAAAUCAAGGAUAGGAAAGGGAACAUAGCAUCAGUUAUUUCAAUUAAUAGAAACCUGAAAACCUGCGAAAACUUCAAUCCCAUCAGAGAAUAUGUCAGCCCAAUUGCCCUCAUAAAGGGACUGAACAGCCCAUUAGCCAACCUGCUCAGCAGCAGCCAGUCCUGUCAGUACACUAUUGAUGCAAAGAAAAGGCAUGUGGCUGAAGUAGACUGCCGAGAAAAACACCUGUUUCUGCCUGCCUCCCACAAAAAUCAGUACGGUAUGAUGGCACAAGUCACGCAGACUCUGAAACUUGAUGAAACCCCCAAAAUCAACAACAGAAACUUUGAUGAAGAUAAACUGGAAAGGAGAGGACUUUCCUUGGAAGGUGCUGACACCAAAUCCCUCCGGCAUGGGGAUGCUGUGCUGAAGGUCCUUCAGGAACUGCAGAAGCUGUCAGCCUCCCAGCAGAACCAGCAGAGAGCAAGCCUUUUUUACAAAUUUGUAACGGGACUUAGAGGCUUACACAAUGACACUCUGGGGUCUCUCGUACAGAAGAUGAUGGAAGCCUCAAGCUUUUUCACAAUGCAGGGUUUGAUUCAGUGUGGUACUCCAGAUUGCUUCGGUGCUAUACUUCAGAUAAUAAGAACUGGAAAUAUCGACCCUCUUGUGGCUGAUGCAGUCACAUACAGCCUUGGACUCCUGCCUUUUCCAUGUACCAAACGAAUACGGGAAAUUCUUAACAUGGCCCAGUAUCAGAAAAGUCGAGCUACAUUCUAUGCUUUAAGCCAUGCUGUUACCAACUUCUAUGAAGACAAGAAAACUGUGACACAGGAAAUAACAGAUGUUGCAAACUUUAUGGAGUCAAUGAUUGGCAGUGAAUGCUCUGGGAAUGAUGAAUUAACCUACCUCACACUUAGGGCUAUUGGAAACAUGGGCAAAGCAAUGGAGGUUGCUAAUCCGAACCUGAAAUCUGCUCUGAAGACGUGUAUCAAGAGUGAAGUUGCAUCACCUUCCGUUCAGAAAGCAGCCAUCCAGGCAUUGAGAAGAAUGACUAUCACUGAUGAGGACCGUGCUGUGCUUCUUAAAGCUUUCCAAAGUGCAGAUUCUCCAGUUGACAAACGUCUGGCAGCCUAUCUCAUGCUGAUGAAGGGUCCUUCCCCGUCCGAUCUUAGCAAGAUCACUAGAGCGCUUGUAAAGGACAAAAAUGAACAAGUGAAAAGCUUUGUUGCCUCUCACAUUGCCAACAUCUUGGACUCUGAAGAAAUAGGCAUCGAAGAUCUUAAAGGCAAAUUACAAGAAGCUCUUAAAGGAUCUCAGAUUCCAGCACCUAAGGACUUCAGAAAGUUUUCACAAAAUUAUCAGAUUUCCAAACGUGUUUCCCUGCCUGGGAGUGAUCCUGUCUCAGCCAAAGUAGAAGGAAAUCUGAUAUUUGAUCCAAAAACCUACAUUCCUAAAGAAACCAUGCUAAAAACUACUCUGCAGUUGUACGGACUUAGCCCAAUGGAUAUCUUUGAGAUCGGCAUGGAUGGAAAGAGUUUCGAGCCAACACUAGAAGCAUUGUUUGGGGAAAAAGGAUUCUUUCCUGACAGUGCCAGUAAAGCUUUAUUUUGGGUUGAUGGCAAAGUUCCAGAGCAUGUUUCCAAGGUGCUUUUUGACUAUUUUGGUUAUUCCAAGGAUGACAAACAGGAUCAGGAUGUGAUGAAAGCAAUAAUGCUGAACUUUCAAAAACUGAUAAAAGAAAUGGGAAAUAAAGAAAUUCCUGAAGGUAGGGCCUACCUCAGAAUUCUAGGAGAAGAACUUGGGUACAUGAAACUCAACGAUUUAAAUCUACUGGGCAAUGUGAUUUUAAAGAGCAUCAAAACUCUGCAGGCCAUUCCAGAAAAGAUUGUGCAGGCCAUCUCAAAAGGAACAGAAGGUGACUUUUUUGUUCAUUACAUUUUUAUGGACAAUGAAUUUGAGCUCCCAACUGGAGCAGGAUUGCAGCUCCAAUUUGCUUUGUCUGGAAUUGCAACUCCUGGAGCCAAGGCUGGGGUGAAGAUUCAACAAAAGAACAUGCAAGCAGAUCUGAUCAUUAAACCCUCAAUGGCAAUUGAGUUUAUAACUCAUGUGGGAGUGAACAUCCCUGCAUUUGCUAGAAGUGGUGUGGAGAUGAUCUCCAACAUCUACCAUGAGUCUGGAAUUGAAGCCCAGGUUGCUUUGAAAACCUUCAGUAACACAUUACAUUUGGUCUCUCCAACCAAAACUGAAGUGAUUCCACCUCUGAUUGAGAACAGAGAGUCAUGGACAUCUUGCAAACCCUUCUUCAUUGGUCUAAAUUACUGUACUAAAGUAGCUUACUCUAAUGCCAGCUACACAGCUGCAGCACCAUACUUCCCACUGACUGGAGAAACCAGGAUUGAAAUUGAACUACAGCCGACAGGGGAGGUAGAGGAGUACUCUGCAAAUGCUAACUAUGAGCUACAGAGAGAGGAAAAUGACCUGGUAGACACUUUGAAAUUUACCACCGAGACAAAAGGUACAAGACAAAGUGAGGCCUCACUAACCUUCAGAUACAAUAGAGACAAGAAGAUUUUGACCAGUGAUUUUCAAAUUCCAAAUUUUGAUAUUGACUUCGGUACCAACUUCAGAGUCAAUGAUGAAUCCACUCUGGAUAUGAGGGCAUAUACCUUUAUCUUAGACAUCAGUAACAAGAAGAUUCCUGAAGUUACUCUUACUGGUCGCAUAAGAUAUGAUGGGAAGAAAGAGACAGUGCUGGGAGGUGUCAUUUCUAUCCCUCGCCUGCAGACUGAACUUAGAACUGAAGCAUUGCUUCAUCAUCCACCAAAUAGGUUUUCUCUUCAGAUGGAUUCAUCUGCAACAGUUUAUGGGAACUCGAUCUCAGAGACAGUUGUUUUCAGAUAUGAUAAUGAGAAGAUUGAACUAGAGUGGAACUCAGGCACAAGCACUGCACUGAAAAAAAUGUCUGACAGCUUCCCUGUAGACUUUGCUGACUACCCGAAAGCUUUACAGAAGCAUGCCAAUGAGCUGCUGGACCGGAAAGUGGCUAAUACAGAUAUGACAUUGCGGCAUAUUGUCUCACAACUCAUUGUGGCAACCCGUACCUGGCUGCAGAAGACAUCCAAGGAUGUUCCUUAUGCCCAAACUUUACAAGAUAAACUAAAUGGACUGCAGGAUCUGAACAUUCUGCCUGUUAUUACCAUCCCGGAGGAACUCUUUCUGAAAAGUGAUGGCCGGAUCAAAUAUAUUUGGAACAAGGACAGUGUUACAAUUAACAUCCCAUUGCCAUUUGGUGGAAGAUCGUCACAUGACAUAAGGCUGCCAAAGAUUGUAAAAACACCUCAGUUGGUAAUGGAAUCAAUUGGGAUAAAUGUGCCAUCUCAGGAGUUCCAGCUUCCACUCUUUACUGUUCCAGAGUCCUAUCACCUCCGUGUGCCUUUAUUGGGCACUUUAGAGGUUUCCACAAAUGUAUACAGCAAUUAUUACAACUGGUCUGCAUCUUAUGCAGUGGCUAACACCACAAAGAAUGUUUCCAGCUUGACAACUAGUUAUCUGAUGAAAGCUGAUUCUGUUUUCGACCUCCUUUCAUAUAGCAUACAAGGUUCUGGAGAAGCAAUGUAUGAUAGGAAUGCAUUUGAUUGCAAAUAUGAAAAUUCCUUACAUCACAGACUCUUAGAUUCAAAUUUUAAAUUCAUCAGGACAAACAAAUAUGAACCGACACUCGCUAUCAAGCAGACCAUUUUGCUUACGGCAACUAGCACUCUGGGCCCUCAGCUUUCCUUUUCUACCAAUAUGGAUUUCAGACAGAAAAAUAAUUUGAAUGUCAAUGAAGUACAAAUGCAAGGGGAGCUGAGAGUUGCUUCAGCCUUUGCUAAAGCAAUUUAUACUCUCUCAAGCAACAACAGCAAAAACAGCCACGAGUUAGCUGGGACAUCCAACCUGAUAUUUGACUCGUCUUACCUUCACUGUACCAACGAGAUAACUGGCAAAAGUACCAAAGAUGCACUGUCACUCACUUCAGUCUCUAAUGUUCAAAGAGGUCUCAUAACAAACACAGCUUCACUGAAGUAUGAAAAGAGACAGCUGACUGUGAUGUCGGAAACAAAUGGAAGAUACCAAAACUUUGUAGGUCUCAACAAAUUUGAAUUGACUUUGGCAAUGCAGAAGGCUGCAGUUCGCUCUGAAAACCAAGCAAUUUACAAGGAAAACCGGUAUUACACCCUCUUUGCAGGUUCCCUUAAUUCUCAGGGUCUUGAACUAAAUAGUGAUAUUACUGUGAAUGGCCAAAGAAACCGAGCAACGCAUAAGUCUACAUUAAGGAUUAACCAAGAUGGUUUGGCCAGCAGUGCAACCACUAACCUGCACCUUAAUCCGCUAAUGUUAGAAGAAGAAAUGAAUGCUAGAAUUGAUGCUUCUGGAGGAACCUUGGCAGUUACUGCUAAGGGGCGCUAUGGUAAAGACAAUGCACAAAUCAACAUAGAUGGAAGAAUGGCCCUAAGGGAAAUAGCACUGGGAAGUGUAUAUCAGAGCACAAUUCUGGGUAUGGAUAGCAAAAACGUCUUAAACUUUAGAAUUAAUAAAGAAGGACUCAAGUUUUCAAAUAACUUAAUUGGCUCAUACGAGGAAAUGAAACUUGAGCAUGUGAAUGAGCUGAACAUUCCUGGCUUAUCCUUAACAUUUUCCUCAAAAUUAGACAAUGCCAUUAGCUCGGACAAGUUCCACAAGCAUUAUUUUGACCUACAGUUGCAGCCCUAUUCACUCAUAGCUAAGCUGAACAAUGACUUAAAAUAUGGUGAAACUGAUGUAACCAACAAAGCACAGUUACGACUGGAGCCACUGAAGCUGACAAUGACUGGUAAUGUGAGAGGCACCUACAGAACAGAUGAAGUGAAACAUGCAUACACCAUCACUUACGCUGACCUGGCUGCAAAUUUUAAAACAGACACAACUGCAAAAAUUCAAGGCACAGCUCUGAGCCACAACAUUAACCUGGACGUUGCAGGGCUUGCUUCCUCAAUUACUAUCAAUACAAACUAUAAUGCAAAAUCACUGCACUUCACCAAUGUAGUACGUUCUGCUAUGGCCCCGUUUACUAUCACUGCUGAUGUGCACACUAAUGGUGAUGGGAGACUAUUUGCUAUGGGAGAACAUACUGGACAACUGUACAGCAAAUUCCUGUUUAAAGCAGAGCCCCUAGCUUUUACUUUCUCCCAUGAUUACAAAGGCUCUACCAGCCACAGCCUAACUACUGGAAAAAAAUACACUACAUUACUGGAUAACAAAAUCCAUAUGCUUUUCACUCCAUCAGAACAGUCGAGUGCCUGGAAAUUGAAGAGUCAAGUGAACAAUAACGUAUACACACAGGACCUCGGUGCUUACAAUGAUGCAGAAAAAACUGGUGUAGAACUUAGUGGACAAGCUUUAGCAGACUUCACUGUAAUGGACUCACCAAUUCAAAUACCAUUAAUGUCUGAACCAAUUAAUUUAAUUGAUGUUUUAGGUCUGAGGGAUGCAGUAGACCAGCCUCAAGAAUUCAGCAUCUCUGGUUCUGUGAAAUAUGAUAAGAACAAGGAUGAGCAUGUUAUCAACCUGCCAUUCCUUGAAUACUUGCCCAUUUACUUUGAACAAAUCAGGGGUGCCAUUCUAUCCACACUGCAGUCUAUCCAAAAGCACUUUAAAAGCAUAAAAAUAGAUCAUUAUGUGAGGAAGUAUAGGGCAACUAUAGAAAAAUUCCCCCGGCAGGUUAAUGACUACAUGGACAAAUUAGAUUUCAAAAACAGGGUUAACAGCAUGAAAGAGAAGUUGGUUGCUUUCACAAAUGACUAUAGAAUAACAGCGGAUGACCUCCAAAAUGCACUGGAAAAUGCCAAAAUCAAUUUUCAGGAAGCACUGUCACAGCUGCAGCUUUACCUGAUACAAAUUGAGCAACAUGUCAGAGAUAAUUAUAAACACUAUGACAUUAGAACAGUUAUUGAAAAACUGAUUGACCAAAUAGUUGAAAAAAUUAAAGUUCUAGAUCAACAGUAUAACAUCAGUGCGACAAUGAUUACCACUAUUCAAGACUUACAAUACAUUAUUGCUCAGCAUGAUCCAAGCGAGAGCAGUGUCUCAGUCUGGAUUCAAAAUAUGGAGGCUGAGUACAAAAUCAUAGCUCAGGUACGAGGAAAGCUAGAGCAGCUCAAGAAUCAGAUUCACAAUAUUGAUGCCAAUCAUAUUGCAGAAAAAUUAAAACAGCAGGUGCAGGAUGUUGACAUUAAGGGUUUUUUAGAAAAAAUCAGAAAUUCAUUACCUAUGAAAAAAAUGAAUGAAAUUAUUGAAAGAAUUAAAGAUAUCCUCCUAAAUUUGAUGGAGGACUAUGAAGUUUCUGAGAAGAUCAAUGCUUUCCAAAGCAAAAUGCAUGACAUGAUCAUGAAGUAUGAGAUUGACAAGCAGGCCCAGUUUCUAAUGGACAGGAUGAUACAAAUGUCUGACCAAUAUAAAGUGAAAGAAACUGUCCAAAAGCUCACCAUCUCCCUGAAAAAAAUUGAUAUAAGAUCAUUCUUUGAUAAAAUUGUUACUGUUAUUGAUGAUGCUGUCAAGCAAGUGCAAGAAUUUGAUUAUCAAAAAUUGGUGGAUGAAGUCAACAAGUUUCUUGACUUGGUUAUAAAACAGCUAAAGUCUUUUGACUAUAACCAGUUUGUAGAUGAAACAAACAACAAAAUCCGAGAAAUUACCCACAAAAUCAAUGAUGAGAUUAGAACUCUGGAACUUCCACAGAAAGCAGAAGCAUUAAAAGAGUACAUGAAGGAUAUCAAUGCUAUGGUUUCAAAAUUCGUGGAACAAUUAAGAGACACCAAGCUCGCAACAGUAAUUGAUUGGUUCAGAGACCUCAUAAGUUCAACAGUAUUUGCUGAUCUAAAAGUCAAGCUAAAUGAAUACCUGGAAGAUCUACGAGACAGGAUUUAUGAAAUGGACAUUCCAAAAGAAUGCCAGAGAUAUCUUCAGAAGGCAAGCCAAUUCUACAAUAGCAUUGUAGGAUAUAUUUCUGAGCAAUGGAAUAUUGCAUCUGAAAAGAUUGCUCUUUUAGCUGAGCAGUAUGAUGUAAAAAACUGGGCUGAAAAAGUCAAUGUGUUUGUUGAAACAGGUUUCAUUGUUCCUGCAAUUAGAACAGGCAUAAUCAAUAUACCUGCCUUUGAAGUCAGUCUCCGAGCUCUCCGAGAAGCGACAUUUCAAACCCCAGAUUUUGUAGUUCCAUUAACUGACCUGCAUAUCCCCUCUUAUCAGAUACACAUAAAGAAACUUAAAGACAUACAAAUUCCAGUCAGGUUUACUACUGCAGAAUUUACUAUUCUAAAUAUGUAUAAGGUUCCCUCCUAUACAAUUGACCUGAAUGAAAUCAAACUAAAGAUUGUGAAAAUAAUAGACCAAAUGAUGUCCAGUGAAUUUCAGUUGCCAAUACCUGACAUGAAUUUUGCAGAACUAAAGAUGAAAGAUAUGCUUUUUUCUGACAUUUCUUUCCCAGCAAUUUAUAUACCUGAGCCACAAAUACCUGAAUUUUUGAUUCCUAAACUAAAUCUAAAUGAGUUCCAGUUUCCUAACAUUCAGAUACCAGAGUACCACCUGCCACGCAUUCCACACACAGUCACUGUACCUACAUUCGGCAAACUGUCUGGUGCUUUCAGAAUAGUCUCCCCAUUCUUCACGCUGUCUACUCUUGCUGGCAUUCAUAACACUACCGUUUCUGUAAACAGCCCAGAAUUUGUAGCCACCAUUUCGGCUCAAGCAACAUCCCGAGUAGAUUUCCUUGCUUUCACUAUGAAUGCAGACGCACGCCUCUCAGCCCCGGAGAUGCAGCAGCUGAUACUUAAAGAAACCAUGAAGGUUACCCAUUCACUCGUUAAAGUUGAUCACAACAGUGAAGUGAUAUUUUUAGGGACUUCUGUACAGGGGAAAGCUGAAACGACUACAAGUUUACGUACUACCAAGAAUUUGAUAGAAGUGCACAACAACUUACUCGUCAAGCUACAGAGGAAAAUACUGAUGCAGAGCAAGACCACAUACUCUCACCGACUGAACAUCCCACAAGCUGAUCUCUCCAGCCAGGCGGAUUUGAUGAAUGAUAUGACAACAGAAUUAGAAGCAGGACACGUCUCAUUUACUUCCAGUGGUAAAGGAAACUGGAAAUGGGCUGCCCCAGAUUUCUCUGAUGAAGGCACCCAUGACUCCCGUGCCACUUUUACAAUUGAGGGGCCCAUUAUUGCAUUUGUUGCUGAAAACAGGAUAAACGAUAAAUACUUGAAAAUCAACCAAAAUGUGAAUUAUGAAUGUGGUCUCCUAAAUUAUGCAACACUUCAGCUUCAGUCUGUAAUUGAGUCACAACAUGUGGGACAUAGCAAUUUAAGUGUACACGGCACGGGGCAGCUUGCAACAAUGAAAGUAGAAAUCAAAGGCAAUCAUAUGGCUAAGCUCAAUGGGCGAGUUUCUGGAACCAUACGCAAUAACGUAGCCCUUUUGGUGCAGCCCUUCGAAAUUAGUGUAUCAACAAACAAUGAUGGGAAUGUGAAAGUUAGUUUUCCAUUAAAGCUGACUGGCAAAAUUGAAUUUCUGAAUAACUAUGGCCUUGUGCUCAGUUCCUCUGUUCAGGAAGUUAAUUGGCAAGCUAGUGGCAGGUUUAAUCAGUACAAAUAUUCCCACAGAAUGUCUGCGGGGAACACUGAAGACAAAAUUGAAGCCCACGUGGGAAUGAAUGGGGAAGCCAACCUGGACUUCCUAAAGACUCCUCUGUCAAUUCCUGAGCUUCACAUCCCUUAUGUUGGAAUCAAAACUUCUCAGGUGAUGAAAGAAUAUUCCCUGUGGGAACAGACAGGCCUGAAGGAUUUAUUGAAGACUACAAAGCAAUCAUUUGAUUUAAAUCUGAAUGCCCAAUAUAAGAAGAACAAAGACAUGUAUGCACUCCCAAUUCCCUUAAAAGCAGUGCAAGAAGGAAUUAAUCAGUACAUAAUCUUCUUCAAUAAAUAUUUUGUGAAGGGAAGGGACAAUGCAUUGGAUUUCCUCACCAGUUCAUAUAACCAAGCCAAGACAGAGUUUGACAAAUAUAAAGUAGAAACUUCACUCAACAAACUACCACGGACUUUCAAGAUUCCUGGGUACACCAUUCCCGUUGUAAACAUUGAGGUCUCUCCCUUUACUGCAGAGCUGCCAGCAUUUGGUUAUGUGAUCCCCAAAGAAAUAAGCACAACAAGCUUCACCAUCCCACUUAUUGGGUUUUCAGUACCAUCUUACACAUUAGUCCUACCAUCGCUGGAGAUGCCAGUUCUUCAUGUCCCCAGUGAUCUGCGCACACUGAAACUUCCUAAGUUCACAGUGCACCCAUCAACCCAUAUCUUGAUUCCUGCUUUGGGAAACAUUACCUAUGACUUUUCAUUUAAAUCCAGCAUGAUUACCUUGAAUACAAAUAUUGGACUUUUCAACCAGUCUGACAUUAUUGCUCGCUUCAGUUCCUCAUCUUCUUCUGUCAUUGAUGCAGUGCAGUUCAAUUUAGAUGGUACCACAAGCCUGACAAGGAAAAGGGGCUUGAAACUGGCCACAGCAUUAUCCCUGAGUAAUAAUAAAUUUGUGGAAGGAAAGCAUGAAAGCACUGUUAGUCUAACAAAGAGGAACAUAGAAGCCUCAGUGACAACAAAUGCAAAGAUCAACUUGCCAGUUUUUAAAAUGAAUUUCAAUCAGGAACUUAAAGGAAACACUAAAUCCAAGACUACUGUUUCCUCAGCAAUUAAUUUAAAUUAUGACUUUGAUACUCUUAAAUAUGGAGCCAGUGCUAAAGGUGCAGUUGAUCACAAACUUACUCUUGAAAGUCUUACAUCUUCGAUUUCUGUAGAGACAUCAACAAAAGGCAGCAUUAAUGGAAUGCUAUACACCCAAAAUCCAUUUUCUGGAAUGCUAAUCCAUGAGGCAAAUACCUAUUUGAACUCUAAGGGAGCUCGUUCUUCAGUCAAGCUGGAGGGUAACUCUAAAGCAGAUGGAAUCUGGAAUGUGGACGUGGCAGAAAAACUUGCCGUUGAAGCAUCUACGCAACGUGUUUAUGCAAUCUGGGAGCACAAUGGGGAAAACUAUGGACAAUUUACCCCUCUUUUGAGAACUAAAGGGACUCAGAACUGCAGAGUAACCUUAGAGCUGGUUCCUUGGAGUAUGUCAGCAGCUCUUCAGAUACAAGCUACUCAACCAAAUUCUUUCUUGGACAUAGCUUCAGUUAAUCAAGUAGUCUUAUUGAACAUCAACACUGAAAACCAGAAACUUGGUUGGAAGGGUGAAGGCCAGAUUCAGUCAUUAUCUCUCAGUCAUGAUAUGCAGUUAUCAAAUGAAAAAACAAAGGUGCAAUUUGACAUUUCUGGGUCUUUGGAAGGACAUAUUGAUUUCCUCAAGAACUUUGUGUGUCCAGUGUAUGAAAAGAGUUUAUGGGAUAUCUUGAAACUGGAUCUCACUACCAGUGCUGACAGGAAGCAAUAUUUAAAUACUUCUGCCUCCAUAGUUUGUACAAAAAGUGAAGAUGGUUACUUUUUCCCUUUAUAUGUGAAUAGACUGGCUGAUGGCUUCACAAUCACAAUUCCUGAGAUGCAUCUAAAAGCUCCAAAUCCAGUUCUUACAACUCCAGAAUUCCAAGUUCCUUUCACAACCCUGCAAGUUCCAUCAUAUACCAUGGACUUGCGCAAUAUAAAAAUUCCACACAAACUAAGCAUAAUGCCUUUUGACAUCAAUUUACCCUCUCUGCCACGAAUGGGAAUCCCCAAAGUAGAUAUAGGAGCCCAGUACAUUACACUGGAAGAAUAUAAAAUUCCAUACUUUGAGGUGACAGUACCUCAGUACCAAAUAACUCUAUCUCAGUUCACUCUUCCAAAAAGCAUUUCUCUUGGUAAUAUGCAUGUGGAUCUGAAUCAAGUUGCUAAUAAGAUUGCAGACUUCGAUUUGCCAACUGUUACAAUUUCUGAGCAAAAAAUAGAGAUUCCACCUCUCAAAAUGUCCUUGCCUGCUGGAAUUUAUUUCCCUGCAUUCAGUGCUUUGACUGGAUCUUUCAGAGUUGCUUCACCAUUGUAUAAUGUUACCUGGAAAACCGACCUGAAAAACAACAAGGACUCUUUUACAAGUUCUAUUGAUUCAACAUCCAGUUCAACUCUACAGUUCCUGGAAUAUGACCUGGAAGCUGUAUCAAGCUACAGCAAGGAAGGUGACAUGUCUUUGGCAAAGGCCACAUGCAGCUUUUCACAUCGUGACAUGAGUGUGGACUACAAGAUAGAUCUGCCUAUACAAGGAAAGAGAAUCUUGGCUCACACUGCAUCUCUAAACAUCACCAGCCCAACCUUUACUGAUGUUCAGCUGAGUUAUUGGGGAGAUAGCCACAGGAUCUCCUCGUCAGUAUCUUCACCUUCUGCUGGCACCCUGGGUUAUCUUGUUGAGAUGGACACAGAUAUCCUCCGAGGGAAAAUUUACUACCAAACUCAGUAUACCCCUGAGAAAGAAACUGACAUAUUAAAAAGUGAGAUAUCAUUCAAGAAACCUGACCUGAUUCAGAUCAAAACUAACUGGAACGAUGCUGCUGCUACAGACAUGUUGAAUGGUCUAAAAGAAAAAAUACCUAAAAUGACUAAGGCACUUUACACCAGUAUUAACAAGUACCACCAUGAGCAUACAGGGAUGGAAAUUAGUGAUGCCACCCAAAAGCUGAAGAACAUCAUGCAAAAUGAAGCUGAAAAAGCAUAUCGAUUAACCACAAGAAAAAUAGAUGAGAUCGAUCUUCACCUUCGCAACACUGCCUUCCAGGCCACUGGGAAAUACCAAGAGAUGACAGUCAAAGCUAAACAGUUAUAUCAAGAAGCAGCAGAUCAAGCAGUCCAAAUUGACUACCAACAAAUAAGGGCAAAGAUUUUUGAUGCUACAAUGAAUUUACUAAGGGAAUACCAGAAGAGGAUAAAGCACCUAAUAGACUCAGCCAUCGAAUUCCUGAAGAUCACAAAAUUCCGGUUUCCUGGACUAGCUGAAAAGCACACUGGUGAAGAACUAUAUGUAAUGGCUACCGAGGAGACAGCAAAAGCUACUGAUGCAUUGAUUUCAAAAAUACAAGAGUAUUUUGAUGCUUUGAUUGCUUUUGUCAAUGAGAUAGAAUUUAAAGUUCCUGCUUCUGACAGAAUUCUUAAAGGUAGUGAAGUGCUUGAUCAAAUUAAAGAAAUGCUAAAACGUUUGCAGAAUAAUGCCAGACAGAUAUUUGCUACUCUUCAGGAGGCUGACUUUGCAGAAAAGCUUAAGCAACUGAAACAAUUAGUGCAGCAAGUUUUCCAAAAAGUAGAGGAAAUUAUUAGAAACUUGCAAUCAAAAAACUUUGAAGAGAUUAAAGACCAAGCACAACAGAUGUACAAUGAUGCCAUCAAUUCAGACUAUGCAGAAAAAAUGAGCUUCCUGGCAGAGAAUAUUAAAACGUAUCUUUCCCAGUUAAAAGAUUUUAGCAAGCAGACAUGUAAUGAGAUUUCAGAGAAACUACAUCAGAUUCUUCUAUAUGUGAAAGCACUGCGGGAGGAAUAUUUUGAUCCAAGUUUAGUUGGGUGGUCAGUCAAAUACUAUGAAGUGGAAGACAAGGUGCUAGACUGGUUAAAGAAUUUAAUAGAUGCCCUCAUGGACUGGCAUGCCAAGUACAUUGGAGAUACUGCUGACUUAGUUUCACGUCUGACAGAUCAAAUAAAGGAAUUUGUGGAAAACCAUGGACAGAGGUAUUAUGAUCUGGUGACUGAUGCAGAUGGAAAAGGAAGACAGAAAGCCAUUGAGCUCUCUUCUGCUGCUCAGGAAAAGAUCCGAUAUUGGUCUGAAACUGCUAAAAAGAAUUCUGCCGAAUAUAACAAACUAGUUAAAGUGAAAAUUCAGGGUGCCCAUAACCAACUCAGCCAAGCCUAUGAAAGGCUAAUUAGUGCAACGCAAAAGUUAAUUGACCUGACUAUAGAAAAUUACUCUACAUUCCUGCAGUACAUCACAGAGCUUCUCCAUCAACUUGAGAAAAUGACAACUGAUACUAUAAGGCCAUACAUAGCUGUUCGUCAAGGAGAGCUUAGACUAGACAUACCUAUACCAUUUGACUUGCUAUCAAUUUAUCAAAUGCCCCAAUUAAGUGAGGAGGCAUUCCAAAAAAAAUUGGAAAUAACACGCAUGUUGAUUCAGAAAGGCAUUGACCAAGGCUCCAAGACAUGGAUAGAAUUGCAAACAUUUAUUGACCAGCAGCUUGCUGUUGACCAACUGAAUAUUCAGCAGAUUAUGGAAAAUAUACAGAAGCGCAUAAAAACCUGAAUGGACAUGUAGAAGAGCAAAAAUCAAAAGUUUAUACCACACUGUAUUUAAAAGAUGACAGCAAUCCUCAUACUGGAACUUCAAAAAGAGAGUCUCUGAGUUUGUACUUAUAAAUGAAACUAAAUAAUCUACAGCAGGUUAUUUUAAUGUGCUUCAAAGGCCAAUAAAUGAAUUCUUUAUUACAUUCUUGUGUUAUUCAUUAUAACCCAUUUUACUUGGGUCAUGAGCCUGAUCCAUUAGGAACAACAGAAGUCUUUACGUUGACUUCACUGUGUGUUGGGACCAAGUCAGUAGUGUACAGUUAAUUUUGUAAAUAGUCACAAAAGCUAGGGUUUCAAAACUAGGUCAGAUUUAUAAGCCUGUUAAAAAGAGUAACUUGAAAAUGCAAUUAUUACAAAGUGCAGAAAUUAACCCCAAAAUAUCCUUAUAAUUAUCUGGGAGAAGAAAAAGAAGAUGAAUCCAUGCAUUGCAAACAAGCAAGAGAAGAAAAUAAAUAAAUUUUAGGAAUAAAAUUGAUAAGGAAAAACUCACAUUUUAAGAAAAGUCAGAUAGUUUUCUUCCACUAAAUGACAAAUAUAAAUAAAAAAUCUUUAUUAAAACAAGCAAUAAACAAUACAUAUAUCUAGCAGUAUUAUUUAGAAAAAUAUACCAUGGAUUUUAAGAAAAAAUAUGAUAUUGUUCUGAGCUAAUUUUUUGCCACAGAUAUUUAGGGAUCAUUCUGAUUUUUCCAUGCUGCAAUGUUUUAGGAUUUUUCAUCAAAUUCUGUGACUGUUUUAGUCUUCACAAGUUUUACAGCCAAUAUUGAUCACCAUAGGAGUCAAAGGAAGGAUUUUUUUUUUAUUACUUCCUAUGGCCUUGGGGUCAGACUUUCAUAUGAAAUAAAUGCCAAAAUAUGAAAUUUCAACUAAAACAUUGGAGUCUUCACUCAAAAAUAUUUUCAUUUCUAAAAGGAAAAUGUGUGGACAUAAUUUUUUCAGGCUUAUAUACAGCUGUUAGAAUACUAUGUCGAUACUCCUUGCACAAAGGGCUGGAAAGGCUGAAAUACUGGGCUUUUUACUCCUUGUUGCCUCAUUCAAAAUAAACUCUUUAAAAAUGUCACUAGAAA